CAACAGCGUCUUCAGCCAGGAGUAGAGCUUCAGGAAUAGAGCUUCAGAGUUUCAGGAACAGAGCUUCAGAGUUUCAGGAACAGAGCUUCAGAGCUUCAGGAGCAGAGCUUCAGUCUUUUGCCUCCUUCACAGUGCGACGGCAGUGACGACAUUCUCCAAUUUGGGGCUGUUCGACCUUUUCCCUUUUAGAGCAAUUUUGGGGUAGUUUCACCUUGAUUCUUCAUUGUCACCAUUGCUGCAGCAUCAACACAUGGCUCCAAAUCGAAGACCUACUUCCGAGAUGAUUUCUACCGUUACGGUGUUGAAAGGUGAUUGGAUUGCUGAUUCGUCCAACCCUGAAGAGGUGGGGCAAGUCUUGCGCUUCCCGUCAACUCUCAUACGGUCUUCUUCUUCGUCAGAGGCUAAAGAGCUUCAACUUAUGGAAAAGCUUCAUCAACAGCAAGCCAUGCUGGAUCUCUCCCCUCCUUUGCUUCCAUCCAAUCAUGUGACUGAACAUGCAACACCAAAAGCAGUCGUAACACAGUCGAUUGGUCGAGGAGUGAGCAAAUGGUGUCAAUCCAUUGAUCAUUUGGGAAAGAUACCAUUCCUAAGUGGCUUCUGGGAUUGGUCAAACUACACAGCCAAGAUGCUAAGUCGUCACAAGAUGGGAGCUUUAGCAGAUGCAGUGUCAUUGGCUAAUAAUGACUAUUGUUAUCCUACGAGUAUGCUUCGUGCCCUCAUUGAGGUAUGGUCUCCUAGUACAAAUACCUUUUUAACUUCUGCAAGAGAGGUUGGAAUUUCUCUCCUAGAGAUGCGAGAUAUUUCUGGCUUGUCAAUUCGAGGAGCCUACUACGAGGAGUAUAAUCGUAACCCACCCUAUGCCGAUCCAUUCAAGAGCAAACGAUAUCUAGAUAUGUCCGAGUUGAAGUAUGAUGGCAAUGGGAAUGUGAUUUCAGUUCCUAAACUUGACCGCCCAUUGAAAUGGACAUUCGGACAUGAGAGGAAACUAAGGGGUGUACCAGAACAAUGGGAUCGACUUGGCAUGUUGGAUGUUACUUUGGAGGUAAAUGAUAGAGAAAAACUUUUGAUUGCUGCUUAUCUUUGUGUUUGGCUUGGUAGAUUUGUUUUUCCAGAUGGGGAAGAAUUUGUUAGAGUCGGAACUUUCAAAGCUGCAGCCCAAAUGGCAAUCGGUGUUACCUACAGCUUGGUUCCUCCUAUCUUGGCAUGCAUCUAUCGUGGACUUGGACAACUGACAAAAGUACUUGACGGUUCAUGGGUACAUGCAACUGAAACUCCUCCUUUUCCUGGACAUUAUUUAUAUGCUUGGAUUGGUUUGCAUUUCCCCCACAAAACUUUUGCAGCCAGAUAUGAAGCUUCUCAACCUAUGGUUCGGCAAUUUCGUGGGAUUUUGAAUGCAUACCAGCCUUGGGAACCAGAGGUAGCAGAUUGUCGUGCAGUUUUACGAGGUAAUUUAUCCUCAGACGACUUUUGUUGGACUCCAGUGCCUUUACCAACCCACCCUGGACCUCGAGUUGAUGAUGGACAACGAUGGGCUGACACUUUGGAUUUCAUGGUGAGCAUCAGAGUAGGUUAUGUGGUGUUUCGCCAAGAAGGCCGCUUCACAAAGAAGUCUUAUAAUCCUCACCGAUUUGCUAAACAGCAUGGAUUUCAACAAAGACUUCCAGGAAGACAUGUCAAAUUGCCUCAUGGUGGUGAAGUGUCAGAUCUUUAUCGUUUUUGGUUAUCUUUAACCCAAGUACAUAGCAACACAUUUCUUCAUAUCCCCUCAGUUGAUGGCGGAGUAGCAUCUAGGGUUGACCCAGCUUAUGUGAAGUGGUGGAAUGAAGAAGUUUUUCCUUCAAUUUCUACAGUGAGCAUCCAAUUCUUGAAGGCUAGCAAGGCUAGAAAUUUCAUCCCAUCCUUAAUGAAGAGUACAGUAAUCAGACCUCAAGGGAAGGGGAAACAGCUUCAAGCACUAUUGUCUCCCUCACAGAAGCGAAAUAAUGCUGAUGACCCUAGUCCAUCUUCAAAGAAGCAGAAAUGCAAUAGAAGUCCUCAAAGAGAGCCAGACUCUUUACAACAUUCACUUUCUACGCCUGCUGCCCAGCAAACCACCCGUCAAGCUUUGUAUAAAGAAAUAUUUAGCUCCCCAGAAUUAAGAGGACUGCCAGGAGAUGAAGAGAUGAUUGGUGCUUUAGAUGAAGAGAUGAUUGGUGCUUUAGAUGAUUUUCUUGAGACAGAUACUCUUGAGAUACUUGGAUCACUUCCAAGUCAAAUUGAUGGAGGAGUUCUAUCCUUAAAUGUUGGUGAGCAAGGAACUGCUGAAGAUGGGGAAGUUGACUCUCAUGAUAGACAACCAAGUGUGAAGGAAAUCGUUGGACUUAAUCCUCCUGCCAUGACAUCAUCUAAUCCACUGAAACUUAAGCCUACAUUCUCUUGCAUCACAAAGCCUUUGGAACCAAUUAGCUCUCAAGCACUGGUGAAGCCCAUCCUUUUUAAAGCUAUGAGUAACUAUGUGCAAGAGGAAUUUUCACGAGGCUUGCAGAAUGGCUUUUCUGGGCUUGGACAGUGGUGGGCAGAGCGAUCUUCUGCAAUUUCAGAAGCACUCCAACUCUAUUUCCGCAUGGAUGUUGGACCUUUACUCAAGAUAAUGGAUGCUUACCUAUCUAAGGUAAAUCUUUACUUAGCAAAACGAGAUGAGGUCUCCACUGGCUUGGAUGUUGAAGAAAGAGAUAAAUCUCUUGCUACCUUACAGAAAGGGAUAUCAUCAAAUCAAAUUGUCCAUGACUCUCUUUCAAAGGAAAUCAAUGAACUCACCAAGAAGAAGGGAUCCCUAGAGAGUAAGAUUGAAAGUUUGAAGAAGGAGCUAGAAUCAGUUGAGCAACAACAUAGUGAUGUGACUUCCACACUUGAUUUGCUUCUUGACAAGAGGCAGACAGCAGAAGAACAACUUCAGUCCAACCAAGCAAAAUUGAUAGAGUUGGAAAACUCCAAAGUUAUAGCUGUUGAGACAGUCGCUGAAGUGGAGAAGAUGCGACAAGACCUUGAAAGUGAGUUUGAAGACAUUGCAAAGGGAACUUGGUUUGAGAACAACAUGUGAUGUUGUUCAUUUUGUAUUCUUUCCCUCUUUUUUUAGACUUUGAGCAUUCCUUUUCAAAGACUUGUCAAAUUUUGGCUUUAGCUACUUUGUGAAUAAAUAAGAUGCAUUUUCUUCACUUUUGUUGUUCUCUUUGCUUUGCUUUGCUUUCUUUGCUUGACAUAGACAUUUCUCUCUUUGUUGGACACUCCAUAAUCAAAAGCAAACUUAAAU